UCCUCUCACCAGUCCAACCCUAAACAACCCCAGACAUUACCAUGUCUGGCUCCUGCUGUGGCUCCUGCUGCUCCUCCUCAGGCUGUGGGGGAGGCUGCUGCCAGCCCUGCUGCCAGCCCUGCUGCUGCCGCGACCCCUGCUGCUGCCGCCCCGUGUCCUGCCAGACCACCGUGUGCCGACCCGUGACCUGCACCUGCCGCUGCACGCGCCCCAUCUGUGAGCCCUGCCGCCGCCCCGUCUGCUGUGACCCCUGUGGCCUGCAGGAGGGCUGCUGCCGUCCCAUCAGCUGCUGCCCCACGUCCUGCAUGACCGUGGUCUGCCACUACCCCAUAUGCUGUGACCCCUGUGGUGUGGAGGAGGGCUGCUGCCGCCCCAUCAGCUGCUGCCCCACAUCCUGCACGGCCGUGGUCUGCCGCCCCUGCUGCUGGGCCUCCACCUGCUGCCAGCCCAUCUCUGUGCAGGCACCCUGCUGCCGC